AUGGCCACGCCUCGGAGAGGUCCAUUGAACAGUGAAGCAACGCUGGCUGCGCUCAGAGAAGAGGUGGAGGAGCUCGAACGUCAAUUGGCCGGCAGAGACGCGGACGAGAUUGUGCGAGAGCACACCGAGCUACUGCAUGCUUAUCACGAAGUCAAGGAAGGGGCUCAGACGCUCAUCUCGAGAGUCGCUGAGUCGCGCCAACAAACAAUGGCAGAUGUCUACCAAGAGAUAGGUCUCGAUCUUGAUGACUAG